AUGAAUCUGCUAAUCGAUCGGAUGGAGAACCCAGGGCAGCGAAAAUCGGCUCCUUUGGUUCCCUCUGUGCGUGCUACGGCGGUUCCAAUGCGAGAAAUGACAAGUGGUCGCGAGAAGGAGCGACAGCAGCGACAGCGGCAGGUUAAUAUCGAUCUCCCGACUAUCUCAGUCAACGAUAAACCGAUAGCUUCGGGCAAGACGGCCCAAAGAAGGACAAGCUUCGGUAGAAAGGAUAGUUUGAAUAGGAACGAGGACAAGGAGCCACAUUACGACAGGGCGGCAUUUUCGUAUCACCAUGGCAGACGUAGCUCGGCAGGAGCCGAUGUGACGAGUGCCUCCGCGGGGAUGUUCAGCGAGUGUAUGUUCAAGUCCGAGUCGCAGAGACCCAUGCGGCAUUCUUCAACGUCAACCACGGCUUGCUCGCCUGCUUCAUCGGUGUCCCUUGGGAAGAAAGGCCAUGUCGAGACGUCGCUAGAGCCUCUGAAACGUCACCACCGCCACCAUGAGCACCCGUCGUCGGGAGCUUACCGCAGACAUAGAAGUUCCUUCGUUAGUGUGGGUCUUAAUGAUAAUAAGCGGUUGGUCAACGAAUUCCUGCGAUCCACACGCCCCGCAGGAGCGGAAUCUCACAUGUUCCAGGAGGCUUCGCGAUCUCUACAGACAUCCGCUGAAGGAAUCACGCCGGAACGCGCUGUGAAACAACGUCCAGAAUUUGAAGGGUACGCUUCCGGUUCUCACAGGUCACUACAAAGCUUGCUGUAUCAUGAUUUGACGUCUAAUAAUCUAGCGGAGGGAACAGCUCCGAUGGUACCACCGCAACCUUUUCUUCUGUCUUCAACGUCAUCAUCUUCGAACUCAUCGUCGCUUUCCGUUGUGCACGCUGAUCAGCGUUCUAGUCCUUCUUUGAGCGCCUAUGACUCAGAAGAUUCAUUCAAUUUCGAAAAAUGGGAUAUGAACGGCAGUGGUCUAACUAUCAAUGGCGGCAUAUCUCUCAAUUAUAAUGAAGCUGAUUUCUAUCGACGACACAUUGAGGCAGAGCUCCAUAAGUUUGAGGAUACUUUGAAACACAAUUUAAAGGAAACCAUUGUGAAAAAUGAAAUUGACAUGCAGCAGAACUGGAAAGCAUUUGAUGUGCUGAUUGCGCAGCUGGAUAAACUGAAAAAUGAUGCGCAAAGCUUACACGACUCGGUAAAGGAUAGCAAAUUAGUUACGCUUCAAAAAGACUUCGACCAGAACGAUGAAAAGUCCUUCAUUUCCAAUGUUACUGCCUCAAUCAGGGUCAAUGCCACUCAAUUGAAGAGCCUGGAGGCAAGGAUGGACUGUUGCAAGAGGAAAUUACUCCAGCAGCGGGACACGCUCAGAAAGCUCGAGGGUUUGCUCAGUUUGGAAGACUCUCUACUGAACGCUAAAGCAACUUCCAAACUGGCGUACAAAUACCGCUAUAUGGUUUUUGAUGCCGGGGUAUUCAUUGGUGUGGUUUUGGUAUUUUUUUUCGUUAAAUGGUUUAUAUGGUGUUAG